UCGAAUCUGCCUCCAGGAGCGGUAAUAUAUCACCACUUUGAUGAUAGGACAGGGACUCGAAUCCCGUUGCAGACGCAUGCUGACUCUCCGUUUCAUCUUUUGUUGUCGUCAUCUGGUCACAUCGUCUGCACCUCUGGCUCGGAAGUCGCAGAGGCUGCCAGGCAGGUCGAGAUACCUGUCGGCAACAGUUGCCAAGUCGUUGUGACACUGUCUCUGGGGCCACUGAUUGCUGGACAGGGGGGAGGUGGCCCAUGGCACAUCUCAGUUGGGCUGAACAGUUGCUCUACUGACCUCAUGUACACUGUGUCGUCAACCGGGGUGGAAGUUGAAGACACACAGUGCACGUGA